AUGCGGUUAGUCGGCUUUUUGUCUCGCUCGUUUCGAGCCCACAAAGGAUUUGUCAGCUCCGACGAGCUAGCGGCGUUGGGAGGCAUCGAUGUGACGGGCAUCGAAGACGACGACCAGAAGGACGAGUACAUCCGGCGCGAAUUGAUCCGACUGGAGAAUGCAGAUUUCGUGCCUUGGCGACAACGGUUCACGAGCGCGAUGCAAGCGUCUUUGCAACAACAUGACGACACCUCACACUAA